AUGUCGGCUUCAGGAGAUUGGGGCCCAGCUCCAGCUGGAAUUGACCUCACCGAAACUAAGGAUGGGGAAAUACUGCGACCAGUCAUAGCCUUAAUGACCCUAGGUAUACUUGCAGUAGCAAUUCGACUGGCUGCUAGAUUCAAGUCGGGCACCGGUAUGGCUUUUGAUGAUUACCUCAUCCUGCUAGCAUUGAUAUUCGCCCUGGGAACCGCAGCACUGUGUAUCAUAAGUAUCCCGUUUGGGGGCGGAAAACACCUGUGGGUUGUGACUUUCUCCGAGUUUACUGUGUUGUGGAAGAUGGCAUAUUCCUUUGUCCUGAUUUACGCAACCACUGUAACGUUGACAAAGGCGUCGAUCCUGUUCUUUUACCAACGAGUGUUUGGUGUUAAUCUGGCCCAUCGAAUCUGUAUGGGCCUCGUUCUUGGGUAUUGGGUUGCUAUCGUCAUUGCCUGGUUCUCCGGCUGUCGGCCUGCCAGCUAUUUCUGGGAGCAAUUCACAGAUCCCGACGCUGAAGGAACUUGCAUGAACACAUCGCUUUUCUAUUUCGUCAAUGGAAUUUGCGCAAUGUUGAUAGAUAUUGCUAUUCUUUGUGUGCCAAUUCCCACCAUCCUCAAAUUGCGAAUGCCAAAUAGUCAAAAGAUCGCUGUGGCAGGAAUUCUCCUUCUGGGUGCUUUCGUUUGUGUCGCUAGUAUUGUCCGAAUUGUCUACAUGGACAAGCUGGUCAAGGCCCAAGACUUCACAUGGGCUAUGGCUCAGGUGUUUAUUUGGUCUUGUUGUGAGCCUUUAGUUGGUAUCGUAUGCGCCUGCCUGCCGACAUUUGGUCCUCUCUUGCGAAGAUGGUUUCGGACGGUCGCGUCAACAGCUGAAGGCAAGGGCGAUUCCAACUCAUGGGAUCCGAACAAGCCGAGGAGUCAAUGGAAGCCAUAUCAUGGAGGCUUCAAGCUACGUCAAGACGACGAGCUGGAGUUGACUGUUGAUGUUCACCACGGCAACAAUCACUUUGAAGGGCAAGAAGGGGAUGGCAUCCAUGUACAGAACGAGUUCACCUGGACCGAUGCUAACUCGUCAGUGGGGUCACAAAAACAUCCUUGA